AUGAAGAAGGACCUCAUCGUCCGGGAGAACGGCAUCUGCCUGCUGGAGGCCCAGAUCGCCACGGGCGGCGUCAUCGACCCCGUGCACAGCCGCUGCCUGCCCAUGGACGUGGCCUACCGGCGCGGCUACUUUGAUGAGGAGAUGAACCACGUCCUGGAGGACCCGAGUGACGACACCAAGGGCUUCUUUGACCCCAACCUGCAGCUGCUAGAGUGCUGUGUGCACGACCCCAACACAGGGCUCUACGUGCUGCAAGUUGUAAAGAAAGGAGAAACCUACAUGUAUGUCGAUGAAGCCACAAGAGAAAAGGAAGAGAGGGCUUGUCCAGGAGUACAGAGCCCAGAACUCAGCCUAGAGCAGUUGCUGGAGAUCAUCCCCAUGACAGUCAAAGAAACAGAAAAGCGAAACCAGGUCAUCAAGGUGGCAGCCAUUGGAGGGGGGGUGACAGCUGCAGAGCUAGUCAACUCGGGAAUCAUCGGGCCUCCAGCAACUGCAGCACGUGAAGACCUACAGCCGGAAGGCAGCGGCUGUAUUGCAGGGGUGGCCACACCCUCCACCCAGGAGGUGAUGAGCAUCUACGAGGCCAGCAGGAAAGGACUCAUCCCCGCGGGGUUUGCGGCCCAGCUGCUGGAGGCUCAGGUGGCCACGGGGUUCAUGCUGGACCCCCAUGGCCACCAGAGGCUCUCUGUGGACGAGGCCAUGGCUGCCGGCCUGGUGGGCGAAGAGCUGCAGGAAAGGCUCCUGAACGCUGAGAAGGCUGCCAAAGGCUACGCAGAUCCGGCCACAGGACACACAAUCUCGUUCCAGGCGAUGAAGAAAAAGCUAUUGAAACGGAACUUGGCACUCAGACUGCUCGAGGUGCAGGUGGACGGGGGCAUCGUGGACCCGCUGCACCACCACCGGCUUCCGCUGGACACGGCCUACAGACGCAGCUGUCUGGACCAGAACACGUACCCACUCGCUGAGGAGCAGAAGUGCAUGCAUAAAAGGUUUGUGGAUCCCAACAGGCAGGAGAAGGGGACUUACCAGGAGCUGCAGGAGACGGGCCACCGGGAAGAGGGCACGGACUGGGCCCUGGUCCCCAGGGUCAGCGGCAGACGGGACUCCAACUUCAUCAACAAGGCAACCAGAAGGGCCCUCAAAGCCGAGCGGGUGGAUGUCACAGUGGGAACGUUCAAGGGCCAGAGACCAUCGGUCUGGGAACUGCUGAACUCAGAAUACUUGACAGAGGACAAAAAACAUGAGUUAGUAGUAAAAUACAAGAGGGACACGGCACAUGCACUAGAGAAGGUAGUAAAAGUUAUUUUCGAGACAACUGAUGAGAAGGAAAAGAGCAAUAGACAGUUAUGGUUCAGAGGGGUCAGGAGGCAGAUCACAGCCUCUGAACUCUUCCAAUCAGGCAUCAUCACCGAGGAGGACCGGAGGGAGGGCGGGCCACCGUGGAGGACGCCAAAAAUGCCAGGGGGUAAAGCGCUACCUGGAGGGCACCAGCUGCAUCGCGGGCAUGCUGGUGCCCGCCAAGGACGAGCCCAGGCGCCAGGCAUGCUGGUGCCCGCCAAGGACGAGCCCAGGCGCCAGGAGAAGAGCAUCUACCAGGCCAUGUGGAAGGUCAUCCUGAGGCCAGGCACAGCCCUGGUGCUGCUGGAGGCACAGGCAGCCACCGGCUUCGUCAUCAACCCCGUGGAGAACCGGAAGCUGACUGUGCAGGAAGCGUUUGCAGCCGGGAUGUUCAGCAGUGAAACCUACCAGAAGCUGCUGUCAGCCAAGCGCAGCGUCACCGGCUACACCGACCCCUACACCGGGGAGCAGAUCUCCCUCUUCCAGGCCGUGAAGAAGGACCUCAUCGUCCGGGAGCAUGGUAUCCGCCUGCUGGAGGCCCAGAUCGCCACGGGCAGCGUCAUCGACCCCAUGCACAGCUGCCGCCUGCCCGUGGACGUGGCCUACCGGCACGGCUACUUCAACAAGGGAAUGAACCGCAUCCUGGAGGACCCCAGCGACAACACCAAGGGCUUCUUCAACCCCAACACACACGAGAACUUCACCUACGUGCAGCUGCUCCAGAGGGCUACUCCUGACCCAGAAACAGGCCUCUUGUUUCUUCUCUGUCUGGAAAGUGAGUGGGUAUUCUUUCUAAUUGGUUGUUUUUUCCAACCCUGAAAAACAUAUGACAAUAUUUUUAAACACUUUUUAGUGUGCCAGUAUCUGUGUGCAAUGUGUUCAACUUACGUGUACAGUGACAUUCUACUCUCUUCCAUCCUUUUUUGCUUCUGGUUCCUCAUUGCAUUAAAGGAAAGGCAUUGUCCUUUAUGAUUUUUUUCUUUUCACCCUUGGUGUUAUCAGUUGUGAAUUUUCAAUUAAAAUUUCACAAGUGGCCAUUUCUGAUAGACUCUGAUGCAUUUAGAGUGAAGGACUUUCCUUUGUUUCCUUAGCCUAUCACACUGAAGUGUAUGCAUCAAUUUGUUAUAUUCCCAUUUUAAUU